AUGGAGCACUCAAACGACGACUUCCCCCUCCCUCUCUACCCUCUCCGCCCGCAGGGCGUCUCCGAGCAGACCGAGUGGGCGUUCGGCAUCUUCGAGUACCUUCGUGACGCCUACAUUGGCGUGAGGAGACAGCAAGACGUCGCCGAUGCGCGGACACUGCACCUGUUGCAGGGGUUGAGACGGGCAGCCAGGCAGUUCCUGGACAGCUUCGUGCGGGACUGUAAGGAACUUGCCUAUCUGACUGAAAUGUCACCAAAUCAGAAGUUAAAGCUAAUGAUUGUUCUUGCAGGGCGAGCCGACAGCAUCCUGCAGGAAGUCGAGAACGACUUGGGGCUACAGCCCCACGACCGCCGCCACCACCACCCUCGAACCCCUCCAGCACCCCGCAUUGCGGGCGAAAACGAGCGCGCCGACAAAGUCCAGGAGGAGGAGAAAGAGGAGGAAGGAUGGCGUAGAUAG